AUACUAAUCCAAUGGAAUAAUAACAAGAAUGGAUGAACAAAUUUCAACCACGUUUGUGAUUUGAUGACGUUGAAGAUUUUCUUUACCAAAAGUUGACGAGCAAUGAAAAAAGCGAUUUUAAGUGUAGAAUAUAUUAUUUGUGAUAAAUCUAUACGUUAUUAUUAAUAUUUAAAUAAUUGAAUAUAAACAAGAUAGUGAUAAAAUAAUAAAAUGCAUUCGGUUUUCACAAGAGUUAACGCAAUCGUAGCGUACACAGUUAGUGUUGCCGGUUUCCUAACAUUCUUUUGCUUUCUUUCCACUGUUUUUUUCGAUUACCGGGCAAAUGCUACACUGAAUACGGUUAAAGUUGUUGUGAAAAAUGUACCAGAUUACAGUGCAUCUAGGGAAAGAAAUGACCUAGGAUUCCUAACAUUUGAUCUUCAAACUGAUCUCACUCCGUUGUUCAACUGGAAUGUUAAACAGCUGUUUCUCUAUCUUACUGCUGAGUAUGAGACGGAAGCUAAUAAAAUAAAUCAGGUUGUAUUAUGGGAUAAAAUAGUUCUAAGAGGUGAAAAUGCAGUUCUUGAUUUUAAAAACAUGAACACAAAAUAUUACUUCUGGGAUGAUGGCAAUGGUCUUAGAGGAAACAAAAAUGUGACUUUAACAUUGUCAUGGAACAUUAUUCCUAAUGCUGGUUUAUUGCCAACUGUGAAUGCACUUGGAUCGCACACAUUCGCAUUCCCUUCAGAAUAUACUACUUCAAGAGUUUAAUAAAUUUGUAAAUGUAUAUUCAUUGAAUUUUAUUUAUUAUUAUUCAA